AUGCCAGUGAGACGAGGCCAUGUGGCGCCCCAAAACACUUUCCUGGACACCAUCAUCCGCAAGUUUGAAGGACAGAAUCGAAAGUUUGUCAUCGCCAAUGCACAGGUGGAGAACUGUGCCAUUAUUUUCUGUAAUGACGCUUUCUGCGGGAUGUGUGGUUACACCAGGGCUGAGAUCAUGCAGAAGCCCUGCACCUGCAGCUUCCUGUAUGGACCUCACACCAAGAGAACAGCGGUGGCCCAGAUGGCUAAAGCUCUUCUUGGAGCAGAGGAGAGGAAGGUGGAGCUUUCUCUCUACACUAAAGAUGGAGUGUGUUUCAGCUGUGCAAUAGAUGUGGUUCCUGUGAAGAAUGAAAACGGCCUGGUCAUCAUGUUCAUUCUCAACUUUAAGCUUCCCACUGACCCCAGAGCAGCCAGCAGCUCCCCAGCCAGAGAGCUGCACAGAGCACUGCCGAUCCCCUGGCUCCCGCUGGCUGGGCGGCAGCGUCUGCGCCUCCUCCUGCGCUCCCUCAACCCCGGAACGGAGGUCCUGUCCCAGGACACAGAGCUAGGGGCUCCUCAUGCUGACUUCCCUCUCCUUGGACACGAGUCUGUGGCCCUAGAUAAACUCCUGUCCCUUCCUGAGAUACAGCAGCUGGAGGAGACAGGAGCUGGACUACUGCUGUGGAACGAUGAGGAGGAAGGGAUGAGAGUGGGACGAAGAGGAGGAGAGAGGGGCAGCUUGCUGGCAUCCAGGCGAAGGAGUGAGGGGGACAGAAAGACAAGAGCAGGAGGAGAUAAUUUUGGGCUGCUGGUUGAUACAAGUGGAGGACAAGAAGGAGGGAGUGUGUCCCCAGCUCCAGCCUCAGCACCCCCAACACUGGCACAGCCACUUGCCUCCUCAAAGGCUCGAUCAAGCAAGCAUCCUUCCAGCAGGUUCGAUGGCAUGCAUGGGACAUUAAAACAUUCCUCCUCAGUGGAUGCUAUCAAGAGUGGGCACAGUUACUGGGAAAAGACACGGCAGCUGAGACACAGCUGCAACGCUGGUAUGGGAUCUAUGAGAAAGAACAGUGUGCCAGUUGGGACAUCAGACACUGAUUCACGCUGCUGGACCAACAGCCAGCAGAUGACCCACAGCCUACUGGACACAAAGACUGACGCCUUUGUGGCAUUACAUCCUGGUGAAAUCAGACCUCCCUGCAAACUGAUCGACAGGACACACCAUGUCACUGAGAAAGUCACCCAGGUGCUGUCUCUGGACGAUGUGUUACCAGAGUAUAAACUAGAGACUCCUAGGAUCCAAAAGUGGACCAUCCUUCACUACAGCCCCUUCAAAGCUGUGUGGGACUGGGUCAUUUUGCUCUUAGUCAUUUAUACAGCCAUAUUCACUCCUUAUUCGGCUACAUUUCUACUAAGUGACCAGGAGGAGGCAGCCAUGCAGACUUGUGGUUACUCCUGUUCACCCCUUAAUGUUGUGGAUCUAAUAGUGGACAUCAUGUUCAUUGUUGACAUCAUCAUCAACUUCAGGACCACAUAUGUCAACUCCAAUGAUGAGGUGGUGAGCAAGUCUUCUCGGAUUGCUGUCCACUACUUCAAAGGGUGGUUCCUCAUUGACAUGGUGGCAGCCAUUCCCUUUGACCUCCUCAUCUACCGCUCAGGAGAGGAGGUGGUUAGGGCAGGUGGAGAGGGAGAGACCACCACACUAAUUGGCUUACUGAAGACAGCUCGGUUACUGCGAUUGGUUCGUGUAGCCAGGAAGUUGGACCGUUACUCAGAGUAUGGUGCAGCUGUGCUCUUCCUCCUCAUGUGCACCUUUGCCCUUAUUGCCCACUGGCUGGCCUGCAUCUGGUAUGCCAUAGGAAAUGUGGAGCGGUCAACCUCGGCUGGGAUCGGCUGGUUGGACAAUCUGGGUGAACAGCUGGGGAGGCCGUACAAUGACUCCAUCAUCGGGUCGGGUCCUUCCAUUAGAGAUAAAUAUGUCACAGCUCUGUACUUCACCUUCAGCAGUCUGACCAGCGUAGGCUUCGGGAAUGUCUCUCCAAACACCAACUCUGAGAAGAUCUUCUCCAUCUGCGUCAUGCUUAUUGGUGCUUUGAUGUAUGCCAGUAUUUUUGGUAAUGUGUCAGCCAUUAUCCAGCGGCUGUACUCUGGUACAGCUCGCUACCAUGCCCAGAUGAUGAGAGUUCGAGAGUUCAUCCGCUUCCACCAGAUCCCCAACCCUUUAAAACAGCGGCUAGAAGAAUACUUCCAACACGCAUGGUCCUACACUAAUGGGAUAGACAUGAACGCUGUUUUGAAAGGUUUCCCAGAGUGUCUCCAGGCAGAUAUUUGUCUCCACCUCAACAGGUCACUGCUGCAAAACUUUAAGGCUUUUAAAGGAUCCACUAAGGGCUGUCUGAGGGCCCUAGCUAUGAGGUGUAAGACCACCCACGCUCCUCCUGGUGACACUCUAGUGCAUGCUGGAGACCUGAUAUCAGCUCUGUACUUCAUCUCCAGAGGAUCCAUAGAGAUCCUCAAAGGAGACGUGGUAAUAGCUAUACUGGGGAAGAAUGAUAUCUUUGGAGAGCCCAUUAAUCUGUACGCUCAGCCAGGACAAUCCAGAGCUGAUGUCAGAGCUCUGACCUACUGUGAUCUACACAAGAUACACAGAGAGGAUAUGCUGGAGGUUCUGGACAUGUAUCCUGAAUUUAGUGAAUAUUUCUGGUCCAACUUGGAAAUCACCUUCAAUCUCAGAGAUGUGAAUAAUGAAUCUUUGGGUUUUCCGGGUAAAGAAGACUCUGGCGUUGAGGGAUUAAGCAGACAAAGAAAACACAAACUCUCCUCCGCUCACACAGUUCCUGACGAUAAAGGGGAGGAUUCAGAGGGGACCUCCAUGAUUCAUGCUGUUGCUGCUGCCACAAAUACUGCAACAUGCUCCAACACAGAUAGGAGAGAGAAGACCUGUAACCCUUCCACAGGCAACUGUGACUGGCUAAGUGUCUCACUGUGUAUCUGUGUGUGGACCGGGUCAUUCUCAGGUGCGUCCGACAUCUUCACGUUUUGGGGCUUAGAGAGUCCCGAGGAGGUGUCUCCCUCCCAGCAGCUCUUUGACCUGCCCUCCUCCCCCCACUGUCCCUCCAGCCCUCCUUCUCUACCCGUCAUCUCUGGGAAGCAGAAGGGGGAGUUAGAGAAGAGACUCGAGGCACUGCAGCUGCAGAUUACCAGGUUGGAGUGUCGUAUGUUAGCAGACGUGGGGUCCAUCAUGCAGCUGCUGCAGAUGCGGAUGCAGAUGAUCCCACCUUCCUACAGCACCCUGACAUCGCCCCCUAACUUACUUUCCUCCCCCAUCCUGUCCCCCACAGACCAGUCACCAUCCACUGACCCCCAGCAGCAACAGUCUAAAGAAAACCAAGAUCAAGUCCUUCAACAGUUCCCAGAAUCUACUGUCUUCCAUCUUACUGCCUCACCCCCUCACACUUCAUGUCCGUCACUGUUUUCUUCCCCCAACCUCCCCCAGAACAGCUCCACCUCUCCACCCCUUUCUCAAACCUCCAGCCAGUCUCCGUCCUCCCUCCUUCCUCAGACUGGAAGCCUGAGUCUAGAUCCAGCUCCCAGCGAGGCCUGAUCAACCAGUCCUUUGUGUCAGGACACAGAGCUUAUCCUCUGUAUCACAGGACCAGUCCGUCUGUGGACAGACAGUCCCUGUCCUUCCAACAUCUGUCAGUCAUAUCUUCACCAAUCAACCAAUCACAAGAGGACCCCGUCCCUGCUCAACCCAACACAGAAGCAGCAUCUAGCCGAUCAGAGCAGCCCUGGGGCCCGCUGUGCCUGUCAUCAUUGGACAGUGGUGUCACCACACCGCAGAGUCUGCUCUGUACUGUGUGAACAUGCUUCUGCAAAAUGAUUUACAUCUGUCAAAAUAGAGAUCACAAUAAAUGACCA